AUGCUGCCGAGGAACCCACCCGUCGACUACCGCGGCUCCGUGGCAUCUACCGGGAAUGCUGCCGUGCUGUGGCCAGCGCCUCUCGGUUCCCGGACGCGUGAGAACGUGCUGGUGCUUACCGUGGUUGAGCCCGAACACGUUAUCUACCGGUAUCUCACGACCCAAUGCAGCGCCCAGGAGGACGGAUACCUGCAGCUAGAUACAGUAAAGAUCCGACCUCGGCCAAUCGGCAGUUUUGAGGAUCUGAUGGGUGAAGGUGAUUUAUACCGUACCGAGACGAUCUCAGAUUUGACCGACACAUUAUAUUUACCCCGCGGUUUUCCCAGCUCCGUUCGAGGCCUGAGAGGACGGGACUCUGUUUCUGUUCGGCGGGCUGUCAACGCGCUAUUCAAGUCCGCUCUUGACUCUGGUUCCAAAGUACCCGUGGCGGCAGGUGAUAACCGUCGUCUGAGCGAUUCCAGACCCAGGGAACAUCAUGGAUAUUCCAAGCGCAGCUCAGGGCGUGCGUAUGACAGUCAGGGAAAGCGACACGGGUCGAAAUCGGAAGCUCUGGUACCGACUCUGGUACCGGCGUUUGUUGCAGCCCACCAUCAAGCCGAUGCUCUCAAGAUCCUCGGCCGUAUCAUGCCAACAGUAUCCAAAAACAUACUAUCGCUGGACUCGAGACGCAAUUCAUCAAACAAAGCAGCUCAUCCUGGGAAGCCAUGUCCACAAUUGAGUGUUGGUACCGAAAAAAGGACCCCGCCUAUCCUUGAAACCAGCCAUCAUCCAGAAGCUGCAAUGGUUAUGGCUCGCAUCAACAUCUCCAGAGGAAGCGGAGGUGGCUAUGGGCGAGAUCAGAAGAAAAUCAAUCGAGAAGAGAGUACCGAGACGCGAGAAGAGGUUGAGAACUUGAAAAGAGGUCGAGCUCGCCAAGCGCCCUUAGCUCGUCCAUACUAUUUCACUAGCAACUGCAUUUCAGUCGAACGGGCGGACAUUCGAACCGGAGGAAGAAGACUACCUAGUCUCCCAAACGCCUGGCAUCAACAAAUGCAAAGAACGAUGUUCAGCUCUUCCCGGCCAACGUCACCCAAGAACUACGGGACAAUCGAGAAUUCCGACACAGAAAGCAGCCAGUCCGACGAUCGAUCACCCCACGGGACCGACUACCAGGCGCAAGCCCUUCAAAACCAACAUCAAGAACCGCUAUACGACCGGGCCCGAAGGCGGUCCUUCAUUGAGGAAGAUGAAGACCCUAUGCUGAUGAAACCUCCCACGGUGCAGAAGGCUGAAGCAGUUACCUGGAUGAGUCUACCUCACAAGAGCCAACUGGCCAUUCUGGUCUUUGCGAGGUUCUCGGAGCCCUUGGUAAACACUUCGUUGCGGUCCUACUUGUUCUAUCAGUUGAGGUCCUUCGACCAGAGCCUUCCGGCUUCAACUAUUGCGAGUCAAGCAGGAAUCAUGCAGGGGUCUUUUGCCGCCGCGCAGCUCAUGACCGCCAUGUUAUGGGGCAGAUACUCGGACCGAGGAGGGCGGAAACGCGUUCUUCUCAUUGGACUUUCGGGAACUAUGAUAUCAGUUCUUGGCUUUGGGUUCUCGACCACUUUCUGGCAGGCUUUGGUCUUUCGGAUGCUGGGAGGCGCGCUGAACGGGAAUGUCGGUGUGAUGAGAACAAUGAUCAGCGAGAUUGUGAGGGAGAAAAAGUACCAGUCAAGAGCCUUCUUGAUCUUGCCAAUGGUCGCCAACAUCGGCUCCAUCAUUGGGCCUAUCAUGGGUGGGAUUACUUCCGACCCGGUCGCCAACUACCCAGCAUGGUUUGGAGGGAACCGGUUUCUUGAAAAGUUUCCCUACUCCCCUCCGAAUCUGCUUAGUGCGAUGUACUUGUGUUGUGCCGCACUUGCAGUCGUCUUUGGUCUCGAAGAGACACAUGAAGCCUAUGCUCAUCUACAAGAUCGCGGUAUCAGUUUCCGUCAAAAACUAUCUGCUGCAAUACGUCGUAUCUUUCGCGGAAAGAGAGACGGAUAUAAACCAGUCUUCGCCGCGCAACUCGACGGGCAAAUUAGCCAUGUCGUUGAAUAUGAUCCGGACACCAAAGCUCGCAAACGCGUCGCACCACGUUACAGGAACAAGCUCCCCUUCCGACGAAUCUUCACCUACAAUGUAAUCUGUACACUACUCUGCCACGCUCUGAUGUCGCUCUCAAUGGGAACAUUCCAAAGCGUCUGGUACUCUUUCCUCUCAACGCCCGUCUUCGACCCCGCCACUUCCUCUCCAGACGACCAUCCACACCUCCCAUUCGUCUUCACGGGUGGUAUUGGUCUCCCCCCUCGCUCUGUCGGAUUCGCCUCGGCAAUCCUCGGCUCCAUCGGAAUCACGCUCCAGCUCUUCCUCUACCCGCACGUCAACCAACGCCUGGGGACCGUCCGCUCGUGGCGGAUAUUCCUGUACUGCUUCCCGGUCGUCUACAUAGUCGUUCCCUUCCUCUCGCUCAUCCCAUCCACCACGCCUCCCCCAGGCCAGAAAACGGGCCUCCCCAUCUGGAUCGCACUCACAUCUGUGCUUCUGGUGCGGGUCGUGGGCAGAACCUUCGCCAGCCCCGCCACGACGAUCCUCAUCAACAACUGCAGUCCGCACCCCAGCGUCCUCGGGACGAUCCACGGGAUCGGGCAGAGUGCGAGCAGUGCCGCUCGGACGGUGGGACCUGCGAUGGGUGGCUGGCUGUACGGUGUCGGGUUGAGGACCGGGGUGGUGGGCCUGGUGUUCUGGAUCCUCGCGUGCGUGGCCGUCUUCAGCAUCGUGGCCAGCCACUGGGUCAGGGAAGGUGACGGGCAUGAGAUCCGCCUGGAGGGCGACGAUGAAGCCGAGGCCGAGGCGGCGGCUGAAAAUGCUCCCUUGUUGAGGAAGUGA